UUUUGGUGUGACGUCACAGACUCACAGGUCCAGCUGACGCUCGCGCCUCGCCGCUCCGCUUCGUCUGUUGCUGUUGGUCUGUGCCGCAUUUCUGUUUUCAGUGAACAACAGCAAUGGCUUUCGCUGUGCAGAUUCGUCAACAGUUGCAGGCGCUUGUUUCGUCCGGCGGUUCCCACAAGGACCAUGACAAAUACAGGGCUGUUCUGGAGUCUAUUUUGAAGGCAGGCAAUGAAAAUGAUGUUGCAGAAGGCCUUCAAGCUUUUAUUGAAGCAAUUGUGAAGGAGAAUGUGAGUCUGGUAAUAUCUCGCCAGCUGCUCUCAGAUGUUUCUACUCAGCUCACCUCCAUGGCUGAUGGUGUGGCAAAGACAGUCGCACACUUCACCCUUGAUAAAGUCCAGCCUCGAGUUAUCAGCUUUGAGGAACAAGUGGCCAGCAUCAGGCAACACCUCGCUGACAUAUAUGAGAGGGAGAGUUCCUGGAGAGAAGCAGCAGCUGUUCUUACUGGAAUUCCUCUUGAAACAGGACAAAAACAGUACAGUGUUGACUAUAAGCUGGAAACAUACCUCAAGAUUGCCCGCCUUUAUCUGGAGGAUGACGAUCCAGUACAGGGAGAGGCAUACAUCAACAGAGCCAGCAUCCUGCAGGCAGAGUCCAAGAAUGAACAGCUGCUCAUUUACUAUAAAGUUUGUUAUGCAAGAGUGUUGGAUUACCGACGAAAGUUCAUAGAGGCAGCCCAGAGGUACAAUGAGCUGUCUUACCGAGCCAUCAUUCAUGAAGAUGAGAGGAUGGAAGCUUUGAAGAAAGCUCUCAUCUGUACUGUCUUAGCUUCAGCAGGCCAGCAGCGUUCCAGGAUGCUGGGGACACUAUUCAAGGAUGAGCGUUGCCAGAAAUUGCCCUGUUACCAUAUCCUGGAGAAGAUGCAUCUAGACCGGAUUAUCCGCCACAAUGAACUCACAGAAUUCCAGAACAUGCUGCAGCCACAUCAGCAGGCCACCACAUCUGAUGGAUCUACCAUUCUGGACAGAGCUGUUACAGAACACAACCUGCUGGCAGCCAGCAAACUUUAUAACAAUAUAACAUUUUCUGAACUUGGGGCUCUCCUUCAAAUAUCUCCGGCAAAGGCUGAGAAAAUAGCCAGCCAGAUGAUUACUGAGGGACGCAUGAAUGGAUACAUUGAUCAGAUUGAUGGCAUCCUCCACUUUGAGGCGCGUGAUGUCCUUCCCCAGUGGGACAAGCAGAUCCAGUCUCUCUGUUUCCAAGUGAAUGGCAUAAUUGAAAAAAUCAAUAUUGCACAUCCAGAAUGGGUGGCUAAGGUUAUGGAUGAACAAAUGAUGCAAUGAUAGAACAAAUUUCAAACUAGUGUUAAAAUUUGUUUCAGUAAAUAUGCAUGAUCAAGAGUUAUGGAAUGUGAAUUUAAAACAUGUGUUCUGAUUUAAAUUUGAAAGUUUUGAGUAUUACUCUAAAGUUGAUGUAAGAAAAUUAUAGAAUAUUGAAGUGCAAGAUGAAUGAAAUUUAAUAAAAUGAUGAACCAUAAAA